AAAAGCUCGCUGGUGCUGUGUACUUGCGGAUGAUGCAGGUCUUGUGGUUGCCAAUAAGGUUUUAUGCUGCUGAUCUAGUUGUGGUGCGUCGUGCGGAUCAUACUCGUCCUGCGGCUCAAAUUCAGACAUAUGGUGGGACUCGUGCAGCUCGUAGCCACCACCAUGAUGACUAGACAUCGUUUAUUAGUGUUCGUAAGAGCAUCACAUCUGUCCCUGGGGGCCUCGUAGGCUUUAAAGGUGAGAAUCAGACCGCGAGUGGGACCUCACACAUUGGAGGCUUUAACUAGUCAUGCUCUGGCGUUGUAAAGCCAAUUACCACAAGAGUCUGAAGCGAUACGAUUUGGGGGCCAGAGAUAUUUAUAGGCCAGGCAGCUUACACCCAGGAUAAAGGACCGAGAAACGAUAUCGAUGCUGAACCAUUGUGGGAACGUCAACGUGUUCCAGCCGGCAAUUACUAAACUGCAUUCUCAGAUAUGCCGACCUCAACAAUGCCAGCGUGAAGAAGUUGAGACAUCGUUUAAGGCGCCAAGAAGAGUAGAGACCAAGAAACGUGACCGCGCGCAACUGUUCUCAUAUGUAAUUCUAGUACCGACGCGCAUUUCUCAGUCCAAUACAAGUCCGACCCGAGCCGCAAUCCUCCCUUUGCCGUGUCUAAACAGUAUAUCUCACUCUGUCUCCCCUAUUCCCCUCUUAACUCCCAGCUCAAGUAUAUCUCCUCGCGCCAUACCCACCACUCCCUCCCUCCACGCACCCUCCCAAUCUCACGACUUUUCCCGCCUCGCAACUUCCACCACCACAAUGCCCACAAUCCGCAUCCUCGACCCCAACACCGCCCUCCCCCCCUCAACCCUCCCCGAAGUACUCUUCCUCCCACGCAUCCUGCGCGCACUCCCAGGCGAUAUCCGCACAACAACCACAAGACAUCCCACGUCCACAAAGAUCCUUCUAUAUACUACCGGGUUCAUAUGCCUGGCGUUCUUCGGCUACUGGUUCUGGAUAUACCUCGCGUUUGGCGGCUCGGGCAGCUGGUGGGAUCUAGUGCUUCUUGGGGUGUAUCUGGCGUUGCUGGGGAGGUGGGCGUGGGGACUAUGUUGUGCGGUCAGGAAUGAGUCGGUGGAUAGAGGGGUUGUGCUGGGGGACGUUUGAGGGGUGGGGCGUGCUUAUCCAUUGCGAAAGACAUUGAGUGGGUGUGCGUGGACGGAGAGCCGCUGACGCGGCUGCGAGGGUUGAAGAGUAAGCCCGGCUCUUAGUCAUUACUGGAUGCUGUGGGAGUCGGCGCUCCACGUACGCAUUGACGGUUUUUGGAUGCUGGAGGUGCUUUUGAUGACGGCUGGUAUCGAUCAAAGUACCUGCUGAGGCUAAGAGGGAGAUGACGGCUUUUAGCUUGAUCACGCUGCUAAAUCGAUUGUUCGACGAGGAUGAGCCGCAAUUGAAACACGGGAAGAUGUAAGAGGCGUUGUGUUCACA